AUGGCAUCCACCAAAUUGAAAGUGAUAGAGCACUCCAUUCCCUGUCAGUCUAUUAGGGAAUAUCAUCGUGCAGGGAAACGGGACAGCCCCUCAUUGCAGCUGGCUAUCAAGCAAUACAUUCCUCUGAACAAUACCACUCCCGGCCCCGACGAUGUGACGAUUAUUGCUGGACAUGCGAAUGGAAUCCCUAAAGAAUGUUACGAGCCUAUCUGGGAGGAGCUCCUUUCCUCAACAAGCGUGAAGAUCAAAGCAAUUUGGAUCGCAGACUCUUCUAAUCAAGGCGCCAGCGGUGUAAUGAAUGAAAAUGAGCUUGGUGAUGAUCCAAACUGGUUCGACCACUCGCGGGAUCUCUUAUACAUGGUGAAUCAUUUCCGAGAUCAGAUUCAGGCCCCGAUCAUGGGAAUCGCACAUAGCUUCGGUUGCUCCCAAUUCGUUCACCUCUCAAUAAUGCACCCUCGCCUGUUUCAAUCGCUCGUUUUCAUCGACCCGAUGAUUCAAAACGAAAGCCCCAGUAAAAUAGGUGGCCCAAGUCCAGCACUCUGGACAAGUCGCCGCCCAGACUUUUGGCCCUCAGCACAAGAUGCAGAAAAGCACAUUCGAGGAAAUGGGUUCUGGCGAAAAUGGGAUCCAAAAUGCGUGGAUCAAUAUAUUCGCUUUGGACUUCGACCUGCUCCGACCGCUCUUUAUCCCAAUUCUGAUUCCGGGGCUGUCACACUGACCACGACAAAGGCGCAAGAAGCCUGGUCGUAUCUCCGUUUGAACGCGACACCUCAAGAUGAAAAAGGCGAAUUCAGCAAGGAAUCUUUCCUCAAUCCGGAUCUCGCGAAGGUUCCGAGGGAAGGCGAUAAUAAUCAUCCGGACUGGGCGCUUGUAUGUCCGUGGUGCUGCAUCGCUUUCGAGUAUCUGCUUUACGUCCGCCCUCCGGUCUUGUAUAUCUUUGGAGAGAGGAGUCACAUCAAUCCACCCGAGCGGAGAGCGGACAAGCUAGAGCGGACCGGCAAGGGGCUCGGAGGGAGUGGUGGCGUUCCAGCUGGUCGUGUGAGAUCGGAAAUUCUCUCAAAGGGCUCACAUAUGGCACCACUCGAGAAAGUUCAUGAUACGGCACAGCUCCUAUCGGGUUGGUUGGAAUCACAAAUCAAGGCUUACCGAGCAGAGAAAGACUUCUGGAAUCAUCACGAGAGUGGAAAGUCUGAACAAAACGGAGUGGCUUUAUCUAAACAGUGGAUGAAGUAUGUACAACAGCCUGUUGAAACCAAGCGGGCCAUCAAAUCAAAUCUAUAA